CCAUCACCUCCACCAGUCUUGCUAAUCUCGAGUCUCUUGCAGAACCCCUCAUCUCCUACCUACCACCAAUUCUCCCCUUUCUCGACCAGUCACUAUGUGUGGUAUCCUCGGCGUCAUUCACGGCAACCCGUCGUCCCUCGACGCUGCCGCUGAGAUUCACCAAGCUCUCUACUACCUGCAACAUCGUGGCCAAGAUGCUUGCGGUAUUGCCGCAUGUACCAGCAAUGGCCGCAUCUACCAGUGCAAGGGCAACGGUCUCGCCGCAAAGGUCUUCCACGACGGUUCGCGCGUCGCCGACCUGCCCGGCUUCAUGGGUAUUGGACACCUGAGAUAUCCUACUGCUGGCAGCAGCGCAAACUCAGAAGCCCAGCCUUUCUACGUCAACAGCCCUUACGGCAUUGCCCUUACACACAACGGCAACCUGAUCAACGCUCCCGAGUUGAGAGAGUACCUCGACCAGGUCGCUCACAGACACAUCAACACAGACAGUGACAGCGAGCUGAUGCUGAACAUUUUCGCCAACGAGUUGAACGAGACCAAGAAGGCAAGAGUCAACGCCAGCGAUUGUUUCGCCGCUCUCGAGCGCAUGUACAAGCGCUGCUCGGGCGGCUGGGCUUGCACCGCCAUGCUCGCUGGUUACGGCCUUAUCGGUUUCCGUGACGCCUAUGGCAUCCGCCCCAUGGUUCUCGGCUCAAAGCCCUCGGACGACGGUAUCGGCACAGACUACAUGAUGGCCUCCGAAUCUGUCGCCCUGUCGCAAUGCGGUUACAAGAACAUUGUCGACAUCAAGCCUGGCCAGGCUGUCAUUAUUGAAAAAGGCAAGGAGCCUGUCUUCUCACAAGUCGCCAAGGAGCUGAACUACGCCCCCGACAUUUUCGAAUACGUCUACUUUGCUCGUCCCGAGUCUGUCAUCGAUGGCAUCUCCGUCCACCGCUCCCGUCAACUCAUGGGCUACCGCCUCGCCGAGACCAUCAAGCAGCAACUUUCUCCCGAACAGCUCGCAAGCAUCGACGCCGUUAUCCCUAUCCCUGAGACCAGUCUCAUCUCGGCUUACGCUGUGUCCAAGCAUUUGAAGAUCCCCUACUGCCAGGGCUUUGUCAAGAACCGCUACAUCUUCCGUACCUUCAUCAUGCCCAACCAGAAGGCUCGUCAGAAGGGUGUUCGUGCCAAACUAAACGCCAUCCCGAUCGAGUUCCAAGACAAGAACGUGCUGCUCGUUGAUGACAGUAUCGUCAGAGGUACUACCAGUCGCGAGAUUGUACUCAUGGCUAAGGAGGCCGGCGCCAAACAGGUCUUCUUCGCCAGUUGUGCUCCUCCAAUCACCUAUGCUCACAUCUACGGUAUCGAUCUUGCCUCAUCUUCCGAACUCAUCGCACAUCACAGCACCUCUCAGGACAUCGCCAAGAAGAUCGGUGCCGACGCUGUCGUUUACCAGUCGCUCCAGGACCUCGAAGAGUCAUGCGCAGAGGCUAGUCCUCGCCCGAAUCAGAAGUUCGAAGUUGGUGUUUUCUGCGGCACAUAUGUCACUCCAGUCGGCGACGACUACUUCGAGCAUCUUGAGCGCAUGCGUGGUGACGCGAAGAAGCUCAAGGUCAUGGAGAGCGCGCGUGAGGCCGUCAGACAGGGCACUGCUGGCGAAGAGGAAGUGCGCAUGGCUGCCAGCGGCGUGAAAGUGGACCAACAAGGCAACGUUGUGCCAGCCAGCGAUGGCAACGAAGCUCAAGCCGCUGCCUUUGGCAAGAUCACCGAGAAUGGCGAGAAUGGAGAGAAGAGACCGAAAGAUGGCUUGAUGCAACGCGGCAGUCAGGACGUCUCAUUGCACAACUUCAACGACUAUUAAAUGAUGAGAAUGUGGGACUAGCCGUUCGGAACGGUAGAGGUAUUUCAGAAAUAGGAGACAGGGAUGGCGUUUCAGGCGCGAGGUUACAUUCAGCCCGGCAUGUGGCAAUACGCAGGAGAGAGGACUGUCUUCGCUAGAGUACAAUGAUUUCUUUAGGCUGCGAAGCUACAUACGCGAGGAAUUCAUAGUCGAUUUGCUUUAAUUCACGUCAAGAUCCACAGUGACCCACAAAGGAGAUGGCGGAGGAAACCACGGUUACAUCAAGUGGGUAGACAUGGCCCAACCGACCGACAAGGGCUCACGGAGUCAUGGCGCUCUGUCUCUCAACCUCUUGCUCAUCCAGAUUGGGAGGAUCAUAC